UCCCAUGUGCGCAUGCUGAAUGACGUACUGCAAGACCUUGAGAAAAGCUUCCUAAUUUCAGACCCACCUCAGGGCUUUUCACGGAACAUUCUCUAUGGACUGAAUAAAAAAACACAAGGCUUUGCCAUCUUGAAGACCUCUGCAGAAGACUCCAAACACAGCAGUGUGAAUUGGUCUUUGUCCCAGGUGUUUAACUCCAUCUGCUCAGCUGAAAAGCUCGUCCAAAGUGGUCUCGAACUCUUUGAGAAUAACCCUGAUAGCUCACAUUAAAACAGUCCCAGCAAAAUGCUGCUAUUGAAGCUCUGUACCAAACUUCUUCAGGCAUGAAAGCAGCAGAACUGCUCGAUAAUGUAGUCAGUUAUCAUGUCUGUUGACUAAAUCUGUAAAGGAAUCAGAUAUUUGAAGCUAAUUGUAAUUUGGAGUACUUAUGUGUCCUUUUUAUGGGUCCACAUAUGUUUCUCACCUGUAUGAUGGCAGAUGAACAGAAAUUCUAGUAAAAACUGGUGAACCUGUAAAGAAGGUAAAGCUGUCCUAUAGGCCUGAAGGACAAAAUAAGGCACUCCACGAUGGUGCAGACUAGCUUUCAGUUCCA